AUGCCAGGCUGUCGUCCGUCCGGUAAGUGGAGACAAAAUCGCAGCGGCGGGUAGGAACCAUGGGCGUAGCCAGGAUUUAUGGGGUGGGGCAGGAUUUAUGUUAGAGGCCCGCUCCCUCGGCUACCCCCGUGGUAGGAGCCUGGGGAAAAGCUCGGCCCGUGGGGGCGAGACUGCAGCGGGCGGCGUGAAUUCCCCCCCCCAGCCUGCCCCGUCGAGGGAGCUUCGGGGAUCCCCCUGGAGAGGCGCUUCCGCGGCGGGUGGCUUGGUCCGGGCGAUGGCCUCCGGACAGACGGCAGCCAAGUGAGGGCUGGGCCGCCUCUGCGCCGCCUCCGCCGCCCCCCUCUGGGCUGGACUGAGCGCCCCGUCGAAACUCCUCCUCCUCCUCCCGCGGACGAAUCCCCGCUGGCUUGGCUACCGGGAGCAGAGCGGGGAGAGCGGGGGGCUCCGGCUGGACGUCUCCCGGAGAUGGAGCCGACGGGGCGGGUCUGAGCACCAGCUGAUGCCCAUCCAGCUAGCGAGCCGCGCUUCGACCCUCCCAGGUAAGUAAGCGGGUUAAGAUGGGUUUGAGCGGCGGGGAGGGGGCUCUCCGCCAAAGGACCCUUUUGCCCGACGAGGCGUGCUUGCGAGGGAGUGUGAAUCCGCAUUCGGUUCAGCGGGACUUCCUCGCGUGCUUAUAUAAUAGGAUCGCAGCCUUCGAAAUGCCUUAACGUUCGGGAGUGGUUUGGAUCCAGGCGCUCUUCCGACGGCACUGUCGAAGGGGCGACCCUUGGAACCGCCGGGAGGUUUCUUUGGGGAGGGAAACCCGCAGAGAACUCACCCGCCGGAGGCAGACCUGCUGGAAAGCACCAGGGACACAUCCCAUAAUAGCACGUUUGCAAAAUUAGCGACCACCCGGCUUCUGAAGAGCUUUUCAAACCAGGCUUUCAAACAUCAAAUUGGAAUAUUGCAAUGCUGCCUGAAUCGCAGGAUCUGACAUCCAGGUUUUGUUUCUGGGCUUUGGAAUAGAUUUCAAAUACUCCCGUCUCCCUGUGUGGAAUUUGGAUUACAAGGAGUAGCUGAACACGGAUAAUGUGAAAUGAUGAACUAUCUCUGGAUGCCUGGCUUAGAUCUUUCUUUAUAUCUUUUAUUUGGGAUGCUAAGGAGAGUUCAAAACAGCAGGAUUUGCUUUUGAGGAAACAUGCGUAGGGUUUUGCUGUUAUCUUUUUAGGGCUGAUACAAAAGGUUGAUUAUGAUUUUUUUUGUACUGUUAACUUUUAAUGCUAAAUUGCUUUGCAGUAAUGAUAAAUGAAAACUAAUAACGAAACUUACUUAAAUUGUGGAUACCAAAAUUUAAUACCUCUUUUAUUUAGAAUAGAGGAAGCGUUGGGAGUAAUCAUAACCCUUUAGGGAGAAUGAAUGGUGUAAUUUAAUCCAUGUUUCUAAUAAAGCUCUUAAGCAAAAGUAGGGAAAACAAAGGAUUUUUUAUAUAUCUGUUGGCAUUGAGAAUGGGCAGGUGAACCGAAUCUUUAGGUUUUGAGAGAUGUCUGUGCAUGUUGUUACAAUUUAUAGUAGACUUGGAAUACCAUUUCAGAAGAUAUCUGCCAUAUUACUUGCUUUCCUGACAUUGUUGAAGAGUGUACUUGACAUUUUGGACAAACAUUGAACAAAGAUACUUUGUUAAGCAGCAACACACAUAUUGUGAGAAUCAAAGGCAGGGUGGAGUCUGUUUCGAUCAUCCUUUUUUUCUGGAGAAAAUAUUUACUCAGUUAAGAAAAGAGCAACUCUGGAUCUCUGCAAUUCUACAUGGCAAUGCUUCUUCUUUUUAGGCAAUUGAGAUUGGCUAAGUGCGACUGCAUUGCUGUAUUGUUUUUGAACGUCGAACUGUACCAAAAUGAGAGGAUGACCGCAUUUUCUGUGCCGUGAAUCUGGGAUCAUCCUUUGCUAAAAUUCCUAGGGACUCUCCCUAGAGUGGUGUUUCAGUGCAGGUGUCUUUUGCAACAGCUUCUUGACGCGACAAUAGCGCAUUAGUUGUGGAUUUAUUUUGCUUCAGUUUGUCCUGUGAUGCUUCUGCAAAGCUACGCGUUAUUGCCGUCUGGAAGGGCCACAUCACAACAAGGGCAGAAGAAAAAUAAACCGGAACAUUUGCGGUAUAAUAACUUACGAGAUGUCGGCAGGAAGUGAUGGAAUAUGCGCCACCUGGAAGCGAAGCCCCCCCUCCCAACAUUUGCAGGCACAAACAGCAUGGAAAGCGGGUUGCGUGUGACCUCCCUGAUAGCAUCAUGAGCGCAAAGCAUCAUUAAUCCGUAAUAUAACGGAUGUCUGGAGGAGUCCCAAGUUUUGUUAAAGCAGUGAUUUCCCUUAGAUGGCAUUCUGUAUGACAGGGGUGACAAAUAACUAGGAGUAUCCCAAUCCCUCCCUAAAGGACUAAUCCUGCUCAUCUCUCCAGACAGCAACCCAUAUCCUUCUUCAGGUGACUAUAAGAGCUGGCUUCUUGCCUGGACCUCAAGCUCAAAGGGGGCCACAGAGUUAGACACUUGUUACCUUGUUUUCAUAGGCGCCAGACUAAGGUGUUCACAUGCACUCUCGGCUUAGAGUUGCAGAUUUAAGCAAAUAAGAGAUGUGAUUUUGUCAGAGACUUGGGGUCUUUGGUAUUCAGUGUUGUGCUCUUCUGCCCUGCCUGCGCAAACAUUGCAGCUUGCAGGUAGAGCAAUCUCCAUUCGCUGAGUGGAGGUUCUCAAAAUCCCCCCUUCUGAUGCAAUUUGGGGGUCACAAGUGGCGUGUAGGGGUAGGAGAAGUGAAAAACGCAUCAUUGUGCAAUUGGAAGUCCUUGUGCAGGGCUUCUGAUAGGUGAAUCCCACCCAUAAAUGAUUUACAGAUUUUGUCAUGUUGAAGAGUCAAACGUUUUCAGAAAUAUUGAUUUUAAAAAUGGUUUUGCUGGCGCAGGAUUAGACCGUGAUGUCACCUCAGAUCCUUUGAUUUUAUAAACAAACUCAAUCUUUUCUUGGGUCCCUUUUUGUGUUGUCAUUUUUUAAAAAUUACAACUAGGGGUCUCAAACGGUGGAAGUGGCCUGGGUCUCUCGGCUUCUGCGGGGGUCCUGCCUCCAAAAUCACUUACAUUCUUCUUGCUUUAGUCUCCAGCGUCGUGGCCUGGGGUUCCACCCUUGUAACUCUACCGAGAGAAAGAAAUUCUUCAGGAAGUUCCUGUUCAGGGAUGGCAAGGAGUCACAAUGACUCUCCCUGUUGCCCAGUCUUUCUUAACCUUUUUUAAAAAAGCCAGUCUCCUCGUUUAGCUAAUAUAAACAUCCCACACCCCCUCUUCAAACUUGGCUCCCCAAAUCAUUUCAUUUGAUUUUCACAAAGCAUCGAAAUUUAUAUUGGACGUUGAGACACAUUGAUCCAGCCUCUUGGGACUGGCAACACCUAACCAAUUGGGACACAGUUGUUUGAAUAAAGGGAGGUAUUGUGGCAAGUGCUGUCAGUCUCAGAGCGCAUGCCUCUGGAUGCAGCCGCUGCAGCACUGAUUCUGAGCAGAGCUCUCCUUUUUUAUCAUACUGUUCUCCCUUGCCCCCCAAGCAUUCCCAAUGCAGAUGGAAUUGCUGCACAUUUUACCUGCUUUGGAGAUGUACAGGGUGCCUGGGUCCUGUUGAUCCCAGUCUGUGUGUCUCACAACUUCACAUGCCCUGAAACAACAGCUUUGCAAUUGCUCUUUGCUUGGUUUACACACUCCGCAACGUCUUGGUUUCUGAAGUGUAGGUCUGAAAACCUUCACAAAACUUAUUUAGGGUUGUAACUGCCUCCAUUGGGACGUGGGUGGCACUGUGGGUUAAACCACAGAGCCUAGGACUUGCUGAUCAGAAGGUCGGUGGUUCGAAUCCCCACGACAGGGUGAGCUCCCAUUGCUAGGUCUCUGCUUUUGCCAAUCUAGCAGUUCUAAAGCACGUCAAAGUGCAAGUUGAUAAAUAGGUACCGCUGCAGAGGGAAGGUGCGCUGCUCUGGUUUACCAGAAGCGGCUUAGUCAUGCUGGCCACAUGACCCGGAAGCUGUACGCCGGCUCCCUCAGCCAAUAAGCGAGAUGAGCGCCACAACCCCAGAGUCGGCCAUGACUGGACCUAAUGGUCAGGGGUCCCUUUACCUUUACCUUUAACUGCCUCCAUUGAGCCAAGCGCACUGCACUUUAAACCGCUGGGCUGAUUUGGGGCUGUAACUGCUUCCAUUGUGGACCAAGUCAUAGCUGGUAUUUAAGGGAGGGAAGAAGAGCACUAGAAAUAGUUUUUAGAAGCAUUGUUUGUUCCUUAUUUGAAGACUUUCACCAAGUUGCUUCAUCUUUUUCACCUUUUCUACUAUAUCUGAAGGGAAGUUUAUUUCCCAACUGAUAUCACUCAGCUGUAAGCUUCAGGAUGGCGUUUGGAUGAGGGAAAGGUCAUGCAAGGAAAAGUUCUUCCACCCCCAACCAGUGUUCGAAAUUAGCCAGGCGCCAGGCGCAUUUUGCACCCGACUUUCGACCACUUGCAACCAAGUGAAGAUGUCCGGGUGCUGCGAUGAUGCCUGACAUCUCCAUCAUCUGGGGAACUGUUUUUUCACACACAAAUACCCCACCCUAUGGAAUUCUAUCUGUUAUAUUUAAUCUGCACAAUCGGAAUGAAUUUCUGGAACCAAGUUGCUUUUUCUGUGCAGCAUGAGCAGGAGCAGUCACUAUUAAGAAAAUGAGGUCAGAAUAGGUCAAUAUAUAUGUGGACUAUCCCUGAAUUGAAUUGUUUUUUCUUCCUUAAGUUCUCAAAGCUCUUAACCUAGCUCAAGAUUGUCAUCUGAACUAGCCAGAUGUUUAACCGAGAAGUCCAUCAUUUGAAAAAGAAGACUCUAGAGUAUUCUUGCUCCAAAAUGGCAACUAGACUUUCCAUUUUGGCGACCGCAACCUUGGUUUAAGGAGCCAUUUGGCACCUAGCUUAUAUACCUCUGUUUCUAACACAGCCCCCAACACUUGUUGUUGUUGUUUAGUCGUUUAGUCAUGUCCGACUCUUUGUGACCCCCUGGACCAGAUCAGGCCAGGCACUCCUGUCGUCCACUGCCUCCCGCAGUUUGGUCAAACUCAUGCUGGUAGCUUCGAGAACACUGUCCAACCAUCUCGUCCUCUGUCGUCCCCUUCUCCUUGUGCCCUCCAUCUUUCCCGACAUCAGGGUCUUUCCCAGGGAGUCUUCUCUUCUCAUAAGGUGGCCAAAGUAUUGGAGCCUCAGCUUCAGGAUCUGUCCUUCCAGUGAGCACUCAGGGCUGAUUUCCUUCAGAAUGGAUAGGUUUGAUCUUCUUGCAGUCCAUGGGACUCUCAAGAGUCUCCUCCAGCACCAGAAUUCAAAAGCAUCAAGCCUUCUUUAUGGUCCAGCUCUCACUUCCAUACAUCACUACUGGGAAAACCAUGGCUUUAACUAUACAGACCUUUGUCGGCAAGGUGAUGUCUCUGCUUUUUGAGAUGCUGUCUAGGUUUGUCAUUGCUUUUCUCCCAAGAAGCAGGCGUCUUUUAAUUUCAUGGCUGCUGUCACCAUCUGCAGUGAUCAUGGAGACCAAGAAAGUAAAAUCUCUCACUACCUCCAUUUCUUCCCCUUCUAUUUGCCAGGAGGUGAUGGGCCCAGUGGCCAUGAUCUUAGUUUUUUUGAUGUUGAGCUUCAGACCAUAUUUUGCGCUCUCCUCUUUCACCCUCAUUAAAAGGUUCUUUAAUUCCUCCUCACUUUCUGCCAUCAAGGUUGUGUCAUCUGCAUAUCUGAGGUUCUUGAUGUUUCUUCCGGAAAUCUUAAUUCCAGCUUGGGAUUCAUCCAGCCCAGCCUUUCGCAUGAUGAAUUCUGCAAAUAAGUUAAAUAAGCAGGGAGACAGUAUACAGCCUUGUCCUACUCCUUUCCCAAUUUUGAACCAAUCAGUUGUUCCAUAUCCAGUUCUAACUGUAGCUUCUUGUCCCACAUAGAGAUUUCUCAGGAGACAGAUGAGGUGAUCAGGCAGUCCCAUUUCUUUAAGAACUUGCCAUAGUUUGCUGUGGUCGACACAGUGAAAGGCGUUUGCAUAGUCAAUGAAGCAGAAGUAGAUGUCUUUCUGGAACUCUCUAGCUUUCUCCAUAAUCUAGCGCAUGUUUGCAAUUUGGUCUCUGGUUCCUCUGCCCCUUCGAAAUCCAGCUUGCACUUCUGGGAGUUCUCGGUCCACAUACUGCUUGAGCCUGCCUUGUAGAAUUUUAAGCAUAACCUUGCUAGCGUGUGAAAUGAGUGCAAUUGUGCGGUAGAUGGAGCAUUCUUUGGCACUUAUUCCUGAUCAAAUUAGCAGCCCCCAUGUAGCUGCUCUGGAAGCAAACCUAAUAUGGAAGCAGCAGACGUGGGAGAUCCUGAUCACAAACAUAUUGAGUCACAUGUCGUUUAGCUCAUAAGAAACAUAGUCAGACUUGCAAUUAAAAUCUCGUGGGUGACAAAUGUGUACACAGUGGACCUGCCUCUACUUAUUCUCUGUAGACACUUUAAUUCUUUGCUCCUUACAGGUUUGCAAUGGAACUUACACUUUUAACAAAAGAAUUCAGGACGAGCGAUAACAGACUUCUGCCGCAGCAUUUCCCAGACGUAUUAGCAACUGUCCACACCACUCAAGAAAUUCCAGAGGAAACUAUUUUGGGGCCGUGCCUGCUGCACGAUGCGCAGUUGGACACUGUGGCUUUUAUUGCGCUCAAGUGCUCAGAGAAAAGAAACAUCCAUUAUGUCAUCAAGGUAAGAGGCUGUUCAGAAGAGUCCUUUUGCAUGACUCCAGAAAGUGAUUCUGAAACGAAGCCAGCUAGCUUUUGAUAGGCACUCUAAUCCUAAUUGUGAGCUAAAGUAAUGAGAAUGGUUACUGUAUUGUGAUAUUUGCAAUCAUUGGGAUCAUUUCCCAAGGGGCCCAGGCACACAGGAUUUUCUGUACUGUUGGGAUUUAAGGCUAAACAGUGAAUUUAAUUUUUUAUUCUAUUGACCCUUACUUACUUACUUACUUACUUACCCAAUUAUUUAUUAUCCAUUUUUCCAAAUUUAUAACACAUCAGUGUCAAAUUAUAACUAAUGUAAUACAAUGCUAAUAACUAUACAAUACAAUACAACUACAGUCAUACCUCAGGUUGAAUGCGCUUCGGGUUGAGCAUGUUCGAGUUGCGCUCUGUGGCAAUCUGGAAGUAACGGAGCGUGUUCCUUCCAGGUUUUGCUGCUUGCGCAGAUGCUCAAAAUGACGUCAUGCACAGAAGCGGCAAAAAGUGACGCGCGCAUGCACAGACGUAUCGUCGCUGGAUACGUUUGCUUCUGGAUGCGAACGGGACUCCGGAACGGAUCCCGUUCGUAUCCAGAGGUGCCACUGUAUACAAUAAAUAAUGUAAUACAAUGGCUUCCGACCAUUGCUUUUGGGGAUUUCCCAGCAAGGAAUAAGUACAGUCAUACCUCAAGUUGUGUCUGCUUCAGGUUACGUGUUUUCGUGUUGCGACCCACGGCAACCCGGAGGUACCGGAACGGGUCACUUCCAGGUUUUGCCGCAUGCGCAGAAGUACUAAAUCCUGCUUCGCGCAUGCACAGAAGCGCUAAGCUUGAACUGCUUGCGUCAGUUCUGUGUUGCAGACGGGCCUCCGGAACGGAUCCCAUCCGUAACACGAGGUUCCACUGUAGUCCCACAAUUUUUUUUUGCAAAUUCUUGCCAUUGUAUCACUGAGCUCUCAUAGUAAGCCAUAAUAAAGGCCAUAGAAAGAUCCAGCAAGUUGACUAUGGUGUGAUUGUCCCUGCUGACCUUGAGGUGACGCCGCCAACCAAAUCCUGAAAUGCAGUCCCAGUGUCUUCCCAAAGCCUAACCCUAGCACCUAGGAAGUGACCUUCCUCCCAGAAAGAAAGUACAGUGUACCUCGGGUUACAUACGCUUCAGGUUACAUACGCUUCAGGUUACAGACUCCGCUAACCCAGAAAUAGUGCUUCAGGUUAAGAACUUUGCUUCAGGAUGAGAACAGAAAUUGUGCUCCAGUGGCGCAACAGCAGCAGCAGGCCCCAUUAGCUAAAGUAGUGCUUCAGGUUAAGAACAGUUUCAGGUUAAGAACGGACCUCCAGAACGAAUUAAGUACUUAACCCGAGGUACCACUGUAGCUCACUGGAGAAUCUACAUGGAUUUAUUUUAGUCGGGCCAACUGGUGAGAGCUCCACCAUGAAUACUUGAAGAAGGCAGCUAUUGAAGGAUGAGAGCAAAAGAGUUAGGUGUGCACAGCAUCCUAAUAAAAGGGUGAAAUGUCGAUUCUUUCUGAAGCUUAUGUGGGAGGACAUGUUCAUCACCGUUAUGGAUGUAUUGUCAGGGGCUGGACUGAGGAAGAAUGGUGGGGACUGCCCUCCAUUCUCCUGAACCUUCCUGAGAACAGGAGGACAGUAUAGAUUUAGAACAGUGGUUUGCAGAAGGUCACAGUUCACAGGCUGCAGUGGGGAGAAGCUGGGAAAUAUUGGGAGAGCAGCAGGAAGAAGAAGCACCACCAGGGAGAGCUAUCAGACUCAGUGUCUUUGGAAAGCAUUCCUGACCGCCCUCCAUCUCCCAGGACUAGGCGGCCAUUGAGAAUUGUAGAACAGAAAGCUCACAGGCAGAAAGCACAGAUCAGCCGACGCAGGGAUGACGUAGAGUAGGAGAGACGGAGGGGAGGCGACUUUACUCGGAGCAACACCAUUGUCUUAGGGAGACGGCAUUCCUUCAUCUCUCUCUGUGAAUAUUGAAUAAAUUACUUGGUAAGAACUCCUUUUGUUUAUCUGCUUCUUGGCUGCCACUGUGAGAGGAAUCCGGAAGCCUGACAUGUAUCCAUUAAUAUGGCAGCACUCACACAAAACUUCUUUUUAAAAAUUACAAGGAAGAUUACAAACUAUUCAUGUACGCAACGACUGCCGCUAGAAUCUUAGUGGCUCAGAAAUGGAAAUCCCAAGAAAUCCCAACUUUAAUGGAGUGGCAGACAAAAAUGUUUGAAUACAUAGAAUUGGCGAAAUUGACUUAUAAGAUUCGCAACCAAAAAGAAGCAAAGUUCGAAAAGGAUUGGAGUAAAUUUGUUGAAUAUAUACGGAGUAAUUGUAAGAAUUUAAAAACUGUAGCAGGAUUAAUGUAAAUCUUGUGAUGUGGAUGGAGUGUAAAUAAGAAACUGUAAGAAAAGAUUUGAGACAUGAAAACCCAUUGAAGGGAUGGAAGGAAGUCCGGGCGCAAUAAGGCGCAGGGUAAAUAAGAAGACAUACAAAUUUUUGAAUGUAAGAGUAUUUGUUUUAUUUGUUGUUACAAAAAAGGAAUAAAAAGUAUUGGGGGGGAACCUUCUUUUUAAAAAUAAUAAUAAUAAACAGAACAAAACAGUGAAUUUCUCCACUUUUGGCCCUAUAGGUAGAUGCCACAUCAGUGCAGAAUCCUGGUGGGUUUCCUUGGAUGAGGUUGGUUCAACCAGCGUCCAACAAGAAAGAGCAGAACCUAGAAGCCUACUUAAGGAAUAGCCAGCUGUACUAUCGCCCUACAAGGAAAAUACACCGGAAUGAGGAACUCCUGGUUUGGUAUGAUGAGGAGCUCUCCGGGCUUCUGGGAUUCAACGAGAUUAAAGCCAGCAGACGACUCCACAGUGGUGAGUGUAGAAAGCCCAUCGUCUAGCUAAUGUGCCAAGUGGAAUUUUCAUUCUUUGGGGAGUGCAAGCCAUAAUUCUUUGCUUAUCACCCACCUUGGCUUGCCACUCCCUUGGAGGGCUUGCACGUCCGACAUUUUGUCUGGGACACCAUCCUUCUCUUCCUAAAUAGAAAGACAGACACCUUCAGAAUCAGUAGAGCCUGGCAGUAGCAUCUAUUGUAUUCGAAUUACCUGAAGGAACGUCUCCACCCUCAUCGCUCAGCCCGGACACUGAGGUCCAGAUCCAAGGGCCUUCUGGCGGUUCCCUCACUGCAAGAUGUGAGCUUGUAGGGAACCAGGCAGAGGGCCUUCUCAGUAGUGGCGCCUGCCCUGUGGAACACCCUCCCAUCAGAUGUCAAGGAAAUAAACAACUAUCUGACUUUUAGAAGUCAUCUGAAGGCAGCCCUGUUUAGGGAAGUUUUUAAUGUUUGAUGUUUUAUCACUUUUUUAUUAUUAUAUUCUGUUGGGAGCCACCCAGAGUGGCUGGGGAAACUCAGCCAGAUGGGCAGGGUAUAAAUAAUAAACUUUUAUUUUAUUUUAUUUUAUUUUUUAUUUUUUAAUUUUGUAUUGCAAUUAAACAUACUCGAGAAGGCAAGAGUGUAUUGCAGCAAUUUAAGAUCAGCACAUUUAUUAUGACAUAACCCAUGGGUAGGCAAACUAAGGCCCGGGGGCCAGAUCCGGCCCAAUAGCCUUCUAAAUCCGGCCCGCAGAUGGCUCGGAAUCAGCGUGCUUUUACAUGAGUAGAAUGUGUCAUUUAUUUAAAAUGCAUCUCUGGGUUAUUUGUGGGGCCUGCCUGGUGUUUUUACAUGAGUAGAAUGUAUGUUUUUAUUUAAAAUGCAUCUCCGGGUUAUUUGUGGGGAAUAGGAAUUCGUUCACCCCCCCCCCCAAUAUAUAUAUAUAGUCCGGCCCUCCACAAGGUCUGAGGGACAGUGGACUGGCCCCCUGCUGAAAAAGUUUGCUGACCCCUGACAUAACCUAACUAGAUUCCGCUUCAUCAGAUGCACUGAAAGAAAUGGCCAGAUAUGUCGCAGAAAAAAGAGCUAUCAAAAUGAGCCUUGGCAAAUAAUUUCCUAGUCCACAUCUGCCUAUCUUAGCUGGGGAAGCUUUCGUCUGAAAAUCCAGCUCCCCAGGAGCUCACUCCAGCUGUGGAGCUUGUCUUCAUGUCACUUGGGGGGAUGACCCACUGGUGCGCGCCAGGGGCAGGGAGCUCCAGCCCAGCCCUCCCCGCUGAUGUGACGCCAGCCCCGAUCUGCUUUGCAAGGUUGGCAUCAAAGGUGGCAUAGCUGCUGCUUUCUCCUCACGGGCCCCAGAAAAAUGUGCCCAGGGCCAUUGGCCCUGAAGCCAGCCCCCCCCCCCCCGCUACGCCCUUGGUUCACUCUGAGGUCUUUCCUAACACCUAACACUUCCACCUGUGGGAACUGAUGUGUUAACAAAUCCUGCAGAGCAUCAGUAAGAUAGGGUUGUUGUUGUUUCGUCAUUGUUUAGUCGUGUCCGACUCUUCGUGUCCCCAUGGACCAGAGCACGCCAGGCACUCCUGUCUUCCACUGCCUCCCGCAGUUUGGUCAAAUUCAUGCUGGUAGCUUCGAGAACACUGUCCAACCAUCUGGUCCUCUGUCAUCCCCUUCUCCUUGUGCCCUCCAUCUUUCCCAACAUCGGGGUCUUUUCCAGGAGUCUUCUCUUCUCAUGAGGUGGCCAAAGUAUUGGAGCCUCAGCUUCAGGAUCUGUCCUUCCAGUGAGCACUCAGGGCUGAUUUCCUUCAGAAUGGAGAGGUUUGAUCUUCUUGCAGUCCAUGGGACUCUCAAGAGUCUCCUCCAGCACCAGAAUUCAAAAGCAUCAAUUCUUCGGCAAUCAGCCUUCUUUAUGGUCCAGCUCUCACUUCCAUACAUCACUACGGGGAAAACCAUAGCUUUUACUAUACGGACCUUUGUUGGCAAGGUGAUGUCUCUACUUUUUAAGAUGCUGUCUAGGUUUGUCAUUGCUUUUCUCUCAAGAAGCAGGCGUCUUUUAAUUUCAUGGCUGCUGUCACCAUCUGCAGUGAUCAUGGAGCCCAAGAAAGUAAAAUCUCUCACUGCCUCCAUUUCUUCCCCUUCUGUUUGCCAGAAGGUGAUGGGCCCAGUGGCCAUGAUCUUAGUUUUUUUGAUGUUGAGCUUCAGACCAUAUUUUGCGCUCUCCUCUUUCACCCUCAAUAAAAGGUUCUUUAAUUCCUUCUCACUUUCUGCCAUCAAGGUUGUGUCAUCUGCAUAUCUGAGGUUCUUGAUAUUAUUACUAAUAAUCCAUAGAACUCCUCACCAGGGCAGACUUGGGCAUUAUGGUGCCCUGAGCUACGUCAAAAUUUGGCACACACAUGCCAGCCCUCGCGCCCUGCCAGGCUUUGGGAAGGGGGCAUCAAAGUUAUUGAAAUAUAUUUAAAUUUGUGUGUAAUGAUGCAAUGUUUCUUAUAAGAAUAUAUCUUUUUUUCCCAUGCCUUGUUGCUAUAAGAUACAUUGCUGUUAUUCCCGUAGCUGAGAUACAGUGAUUCUGCAUUGCUUUUCAUGGUGGAAGAUGUUAGACAGAUGUCCUAGAAGCAAUUUUUUUCAGGGAGGGUGUUUGAAGAACUGACAAGAGAUGAGGUUCUAGGGCUAAUUGACAAAUUAAGGAUUAAUGUCAUCCUAUCCAGUUGGCAUACACCUGAGAGCCCCCUAAGAGAACUCAAGUGUGAAAUUGCUCUUCUCCUAACAAAAGGAGCUUGUAACUAAAAUCGAGUUUGUUACUAGAGAAUUGGAGAGUAACCAAAAUAAUGCCAGUUUUUAAAGAGGGAUGCAGGGGGAGUGAGGAAUUUUAAGUGCAACAUCUGUUCCAAGUACAGUUUUACUUUGCUUUUCAAAUGCCUUGGGAGUUGAACGUUUUGGUUUCCAAACGAUCGAAAACCGGAAGUGAUUGUUCUGGUUUUCAAAUGUUCUCUGGAACCCAAACAUCUGAUGCGACUUUUGCGGCUUCUGAUUGGCUUCCUGCAGCCAAUCAGAAGCCGCGCCUUGGUUCCCGAAUGUUUUGGAAGUGGAACGGACUUCCGGAACAGGUUCCAUUCAGCUUCCAGUGUACCACUGUCUAUUGGUUGAAAGCAUUAUUAAUAAUAUUAUUAAGCAUAUAAAAGAACAAGCCUUGCUGAGGAAGAAUCAUGCCUUCUGCAACAGAAGUCUUACAUUCCCAAACUUUUAGAUUUGUUGAGACUGUCAAUAAGCAUAAGAAUUGGGAUAAUGACGCAGAUAUGAUCUAUGAUUUAGAUGAUCCAACUCUGCAAUUCCAUGACUUUCUUUUUUAAAAAAUAUUUUUAUUAAUAAUUUCAAUAUAGCAAAUUAUCAUAACAUAUCAUCUUCAUCAUUCCCCCCAAUUUUUCCCCUCCCCCUCCCCCCCAAAACCCCUCCCUCCCUCUCCCCCAAGACUUCCCUCAGUUCCUCUCUCUGAUUUUUCAGCACAUGUUGUUCUCUGCAUAUUGUAAAAUUGUAAAGAUCCUUAAAUUGUCUAUCUAUUAUAUUAACAGUCAAUAAAUUUGUGUAUGUUUAUUCAAAACCUGCCAAGGAGUCCAGUUCAUUUUGGUUUUUUUUAAAGUAGUUUGUAAAAAGUUCCCAAAGUCACAGUUGUCCUCGUCUUGCAAUUUGUAUGUCAGUUUUGCCAGUUCCAUCAAUUUCUCUUGCCAUUGUUCUUUUGUCGGGGUUUCCUCAUUCUUCCAUCCUUGAGCUAUUAAGACUCUUGCUGCCGUUAUUACAUACAUAAAUAAAUUCUUUAUUUUCUUUGGCAAUAAUGAGUUGAAGAAAAUGUUUGUGAAAAAACCAGAGGCAUUUUUGUUAGGGAUUGUAGGAAAAGACCUGACCUGCAAUUCCGUGACUUUCAUGACUUUUCUUUCUGCCUAGAGUUGGAUUGCCCGAACUGCAAGCAAGUUUUCAAAUGGGAACACCCCUUUCUGUCUCACGCCCGCUUCCUCUGCUUCCCAGAGAACAGCGCCCAGCUCUGGAGAAACCUUUCUGCCCCAAAGACGACGAAAAGCAGGUUGGUAGGACAACCCACAAACUUCCACAGCCUGGCUAGGGACCUGGAGUUCAAAAUGGCCGCUUGGAAAGACGAUUCCCAUGGGGAGAGGCGGAUGAACUGCGACGACGUGGAGAACGGCCUGAGCCGGAAGGCUGUGUUGUUGGAGAAGACAAACCACCUGCACGGAGGACAGCACAGCGGGAGUAGGGACGAAGGAGUUGCGCAGCAGGUAUCAGGGGGAUCUUUCUGGAAGCUCGGCGCAGGAAAACAAAUGUCUGUCAAGAAGGAUGCUCUCCUCCUGGAGCAGAAGGAGAGUGCGUUCACUGAAGUGAGGCAGAUAAAGGAGAAGAUGAAAAUGGAGAAAGCCAAGGCGGUGGAACAAGGAAUUGGGGAGGCUCACCCUGGCAGGGACCCUGUUCCAUGUUCCCCUGGCAGUGCAUUCUCCUUUGUGUGGCCCAACCGAGGUACCAGGGAGCCAAAGAGUGCUUUCAGCAAGCCAGCUAGAUGCCUGCUGGACAGGAGGACAACGGCAGCUGCCCCUCACCCUCUGAGCGACUUAGCAAAAGGCCCAGGGGAGUUGUCAGGAUGCGUCAGUGCCGCGGACGUCAUGCGUUACAGCGCCCUUCUGGCUUCGAAGUUCCUGGCGAGUGACUUGAACAGCUCCCCGUUGCUGCCGCCGGGCCUCGUUCAGCGCCACCCUUAUACCUCAGGGCUGUGGCCCAGGCAGAUGGGAGAGCAAAGGCAGACCACGCCCACCACAGCCUCGACUCCCUCGUCCGCUUCCUUGACUCUCUUGCCUCCCACCUUCACCUCCUUCAGCGUCGCGGCCCAAAACUGGUGCGCCAAAUGCAACCUCUCUUUCCGCAUGACGUCCGACCUGGUGUUCCACAUGCGCUGCCACCACAAAAAGGAGGGGUCUGCGCCAGAGUCUCCACGCAAAAGGAGGCGGGAGGAGAAGCUGACCUGCCCCGUGUGCCAGGAAUAUUUCCGGGAACGGCACCAUUUAUCUCGGCACAUGACUUCUCAUAAUUAG